AUGGGGAGAAUUAGUAAUGCAAUCUUAAUCGUUUUAUUCUGUCUAAUAGGUGGUGCAAUUGGUGAACAAUGUGGUAGGCAAGCAGGUGGUAAGACCUGCCCUAAUAACCUAUGUUGUAGCCAAUAUGGGUAUUGUGGAGACACUGACGAUUAUUGUUCGCCAUCCAAGAAUUGCCAAAGCAAUUGCAAAGGCGGCGGCCAAAGUGCGUCAAACGUGCGUGCAACAUACCACUUGUAUAAUCCACAAGAACAUGGAUGGGAUUUGAAUGCAGUUAGUGCCUACUGUUCUACGUGGGAUGCUAACAAGCCUUACUCAUGGCGAAGCAAAUAUGGCUGGACUGCGUUUUGUGGCCCGGUUGGUCCCCAGGGCCAGGCUGCUUGUGGCAAGUGCUUAAGGGUGACAAAUACAAGGACAGGAGCUCAAGCAACAGUGAGGAUCGUGGAUCAAUGUAGCAAUGGAGGGCUAGAUUUGGAUGUGAACGUUUUUCGUGAAUUGGACACGGAUGGAGAUGGAUAUGCAAAGGGACACCUCAUAGUGAACUACCAGUUCGUUAAUUGUGGUGAUUCUGUCAACACCCCUAAACCUCUACUCUCUAUUAUCGAUGAUGAAUAG